AUGCCUACACCGGCGGCGCUUGAAGCCAACCAGGCCAAAUCGAAAGAAGCGUCGCCGGGACAGCGAUAUCCAGAGCACCUCGAGGGAUAUAUGGAUGAGGCUUACAUCGAGCAGCUGGGACGGCAGCGACCGGCAUGUUUCUCGUCUUUGUGGUCGGAACUGGCCUUCUGCUUCUCCAUCAUGAUGUCGCAGAUUCUUGCAGAAUACUAUAUUUCAGGCUCCAACGUGCUUCUCCCAACCCUGGUUAAAGACUUGCAUAUCCCAGCAGCUUCCACGAUCUGGCCGUCUACCUCUCUAUCCCUCGUCGUUACGUCGACGCUGCUUAUCUUCGGCCGCCUGGCCGAUAUGUACGGGGGAUACGUUCUAUACAUCGCCGGAUUCGCAUGGAUGAUCAUUUCCUCCAUUCUGGCCGGGGUCUCCGUGUCCUGGCUGAUGUUUAUCAUCUGUCGGGCACUCCAAGGCCUCGCUCUGGCUUGCUUUUUGCCCGCAGGGAUGAUGAUCCUAGGCAGUACAUAUCGGCCUGGACCGCGAAAGAACCUUGCCUUCAGCAUUUACGGUGCAUGCGCGGCGCUGGGCUUCUUUGCGGGUAUCUUUUUCUCGGGCAUCUGCAGCCAGUACCUUAGCUGGAGGUGGUACUUCUUUAUCGGGGCUAUUCUGUCCGGAAUCACCACGGUAUCAUCGUACUUUUCCAUCCCGAACGACUACGCGGAGAAGCGGAAAUUGGGCAUCCAGAUGGACUGGGCGGGAUGCUGUCUUUCGGUUCCCGGAGUCGUUCUCCUCGUAUUCGCCAUUGCGGAAUGCUCGUAUGCACCGCAGGGAUGGAGAACGCCAUACAUCCCCGUGUGUUUCGCGCUGGGAGUCGUCUUCCUCGCUAUCAUGACUUACGUGGAAGGAUGGGUCGUUUCAAACCCGCUCCUGCCAGGCGACAUUUUCAAGGUGAAGCACAUGACGGCCCUCGCCAUCGCCUUGCUCUUCCUGUACGGCAGUUUAGGCACCUUCCUCUUAUACGCGGUGCUCUACAUGUCCGACAUCAUGGGCGCCACGCCUCUUCAAAUAGUCGCGUGGGCCGCUCCGAUGGGAGCGGGAGGUCUGAUCAUCUCCGCAAUUGGCGGACUCAUCUUCCACAAGAUAUCCGGGACGAUCGUCAUGCUGAUCUCGUGCCUUGGAUACAUGGGCUCUGGUCUACUUUUUGCGCUCAUUCCGAUCGGCGGAAACUACUGGGCCUUUGUCUUCCCGGCCAUGAUCUGCGGCACCAUCGGCAUCGACAUCAGCUUCAACCUGGCCAACAUCUUCAUCACGACCAGCAUGCCCAAGGCCAGACAGGGACUGGCGGGCGCGCUGAUCAACUGCACUCUUCACCUGGGGAUCGCCAUCAUGCUGGGAUUUGCGGAUAUCGUGCAGACCCAGACGGAAGCGCUGGAGCUGUACAAGAACUACAAGGCGGUGUUUUGGUUCCAGUUCGGACUGGCGUCGACGGGAUUCCUCAUCGUGCUAUUCUUAGUGAGGAUCCAUCACGCGAAGAGUGAGUUGACGGUGGACGAGCGAGAAGCCCUGGCGGCAGAAGCAAACUCUCGGGGUGAGAGCGAAUGA